CGCGUUAACCUGUUAAUCUGGAGGGAGUGUCUUGUCUGGACCGAGGCCCCCUCCCGGUGAAACUCCGCCCAAUCAGCUGGUUCCUGAAGCUCAGCGGAGACCAUGAACAAACUUUUCCUCACUUCUGCACAGUGUCACGGUGAACCGAUGGUCGACGGUGCCGCGUUUUGUUGUGGGAGUUAAUUCUUUAACGCCGCUGAUCCAGCAACAAGUGUCGUCAGCAUGUCCCUGGCGGAUCAGCAGUGGUGUCCCACAAGCGUCCAGGUAACGGUGCUGCAAGCCAGAGGCCUCAGGAUCAAGGGGAAAAGCGGCACCAACGAUGCGUACGCGGUCAUGCAAGUGGGCAAAGAGAAGUUCCAGACUUCAGUGGUGGAGAAGAGCGUGGCUCCGGUGUGGAAGGAGGAGGCCGCCUUCGACCUGCCGCCGCUGCUCCACGGAGCGCACGGCUCGGAGCGCGGCACGCUGCACGUCCACGUCCUGCACCGGGCCUUGGUGGGCCCAGACAAACUGCUGGGACAAGCAGUCAUCAACUUGCUGCAGCUCAGUGAGGACAAAACCCGCAGCAAGACUGAGUGGUUUAAGCUGCUGGAUAAGACUGGAAAGCCAGACAAAGACAGGGGAGAGGUGCUUCUGGACAUCCAGUUCAUGAGGAACAACAUGACUGCCAGCAUGUUUGAUCUUUCUGCCGCCGGUAAAUCUCGCUCUCGCCUCGGCAAGUUCAAGGACAAAGUUCGUGGCAAGAAGAAGGAAUCGGAUUCUGGGUCCAACACGCUGCCGUCCUUCACUCAGGUUCUGACAGACAGCGAGGACGAGGCCAACGAAGGCGAAGCAGCAGCAAGUAAGGACGGAAAAAAUAAGAAACACAAGAUGAAGUCGUUGUUUUCUCCCAAAUCCAACCUGCAGAAGAACAUGUCUCAGUCUAUGUCGGUUCUGCCGGCGAAGAACUCGACGCUGAGCAGCAGCCAAUCAUCUGGUCUGAAUGUGGAUUCCUCUGAAGGUAAAAAGAAGUUCAAGUUCAAGAUACACAAACGCUCGGGCAGCUCAGACAGCAAAGAUUCCUCCUCUGGCCUCCAGAAGCAGCUUCCUGUAGAACAGAGCAACUUGUGCAUCAACGGCAGCCACAUUUACUGCGAAGAGCCGCCGACUCGAACGUCUCGCAUCGGCUCAAACUUCAGUCUGGCCAGUUCAGGUCACGGAUCGAUGGAGGAAGUCCCGGAAAACUCUCCUCCAUCUGUUGAUUCACUGAGAGCAGUGAGGCAAUAUUCGCCCUGGACGGAGGAGGACGAGGAAGUGGAAAACAUAAAAGAGGAUGAAUCCAGAAGGGAGGAAGAGGAAAGGAUGAGGAUGGAGGAGGAGGAGAAGGUCAGGAGACAGCAAGAGGAGCUUGAGAGAUUAGCAGAGGAAGAAGAGAGAAGAAGGGUUGAGGAGCAGAAAGUUAAAAGAGAAGAAGAACGGAUUAGGAGAGAAGAAGAAGAGCGUGAAAGAUUAGCAGAGGAAAAGAGAAGAUUAGAGGAACAAGAGAGAAGGAAAAUUGAAGAGGAGAAUGAAAAAAGGCAAAGAGAGGAGGAAGAAAAGAUAAGGAUGGAGGAGGAAAGGGCUCAGGAAGAGAGAAGGAGGAGGCAAGAAGAAGAAAAGGAGAGGGUUAGGAGAGAAGAAGAGCAUAAAUUAGCGGAGGAAAAGAGAAGACUGGAGGAAGAAGAAAGGAGGAGGAUUGAGGAAGAGGAGAGAAGAAGGAGGGAGGAGGAAGAGAGGGUUAGGAAAGAAAAGGAAGAAUAUGAGAGAUUGAUGGAGGAAAAGAGGAAACUGGAGGAUGAGAAGAAAAGGAUUGAAGCAGAGGAGAGAAUUAGAAAAGAGGAGGAGAAAAAGAAAAGGAUGGAGGAAGAAAGGGUGAGAAAAGAAGAACAAGAGAGAAAGCAGAGAGAGGAGGAAGAAAUGAGGAGACAAGAGGAAGAAGAGAGGGUUAGGAAAGAAAAGGAAGAAUAUGAGAGAUUGAUGGUGGAAAAGAGGAAACUAGAGGAAGAGAAGGAAAGGAUUAAAGCAGAAGAGAAACUUAAAAAGGAGGAAGAAGAAAGGGUUAGGAUGGAGGAAGAAAAGAUGAGGAAAGAAGAGGAAGAGAAGAGGAGACGAGAAGAACAAGAAAGAAUGCAGAGAGAGGAAGAAGAAAGGAUUAAAAAAGAAGAGCUGAGGAGACGAGAGGAAGAAGAGAGGGCGAGGAAAGAAAAGGAAGAAUAUGAGAGAUUGAUGGAGGAAAAGAGGAAAAUGGAGGAUGAAAAGAAAAGGAUUGAAGCAGAGGAGAGAAUUAGAAAAGAGGAAGAAGAAAGAGUUAGGAUGGAGGAAGAAAUGAGGAGAAGAGAGGAAGAUGAGAGGGUGAGGAAAGAAAAAGAAGAAUAUGAGAGAUUGGUGGAGGAAAAGAGGAAACUAGAGGAAGAGAAGGAAAGAAUUGAAGCAGAGGAGAAACUUAGAAAGGAGGAAGAGGAAAGAAUUAGGAUGGAGGAAGAAAGGAGGAGAAAGGAAGAGGAGGAAAAGAGGAGACGAGAAGAACAAGAAAGGAUACGAGUUGAGGAGGAAAAAAGACAGAGGGAGGAAGAAGAAAGGAGGCAAGAGGAAGAGGAGAGAGUUCGGAAGGAAAAGGAAGAAUAUCAGCGAUUAGAAGAAGAAAGAAUGAAAGAAGAGGAGCAGAGGAGAAUUGAGGAAGAAGAGAGAAUUAGAAAAGAAGAGCAAGAAAGGAUAAAGAUGGAGGAGGAGAAGAGGAGGCAAGAAGAAGAAGAGAGGGCCAGAAAGGAAAAGGAGGAGAUGGAGAGAUUAGCAGAAGAGAGACGGAGGAAAAAGGAAGAAGAAAAGAGGAGGAUUGAGGAAAAGGAGAAAGUUAGAAGAGAGGAAGAGGAGAAGAUUAGGAGGGAGAGGAAAGAAAAAGAGGAGGCAAGGAGGCUGGAGAAGUUAAAACAAGAUGCAGAAGAACAGAAGAAGACAGAAAACAAAGAUGGACAAAAAGCUGCAGGGAAGAAAAGCAAGUUGAACAGUUCAGCUGAUGUCUGUUCUACUAAUCCGUUUGAUGAAAACUACUCAUAUAAUCCUUUUGAGGAAAUUCCAGACUCACCUCCUGGAGCCAAAGAGGCAAAUGUUCAGCAAAGGUGUCAGUCUGCUGUGUCAUCUUUGGGAAGCAAGAUUGUCUCUGCUGACGAGAAGGAGCUCGUUAGCGCUCAACGGGAGAAGCGACCGGCUCCUCAGCCUCCGGGAAGGAAUCAAGCUGAGAAGCCAAGUCAGAGGGAGCGGGAUGCAUCCACGAGACAUCUGGGACAAAUUAACAUGCAAAAUAAAGACAAAGAAGCCAAAACUGUCAGCGUUCCCCCUCAGCGCUCGGUGCAGAUGAUCGCUCCAGUCGGCAGAUCUCCCGCAGACUCGAAGAACGAAGAGAGCUCCACGCAAAGCAGCACCGCCAACGGAACAACAGUCGCAGGCAAACACAGUAAACGUCCUGCACCUCCCCGACCUCGAUCCGUGGAGGAAGAGCCAAAAACAACGUCGACUGCAGAGACAAAACAGACUGUUUAUGGUUUAAAUCCAUUUGAAGACGAUGAGGACGAAAGUGACGCUGGUCCAGUUUGUUGGCCUCCAGCUGCUGAUAAAGAUGCUGCCUCUCAGACCAAAACCAAAUCCUCAAAAGUUGCUCGUGCACCUCCGCCUCCACAGAACAACGCCACUUUAAUCACCCAAAACACUGAAGGAGGUUGUUUUGCAGAUGAUACUGUACCUGAUGGUGCUGCAAACAAAGCAUGUGAGCCACAACCUGAGGCCGUAAAUCCCACGCUGGUCCAGGAGAGUCCAGUCCAGAACACAGUGGAGGCAUGUGUGAAGAAGGAAGGACCGCCUGUAGCUGCACGCAGGCUUCAACCAGUAAAACCCCUUAAUUCUGUGGAACAGCAGUCAGUCUCAGUGGUUCAAUGGGAAAACAAAUCCACAGGAACCCACGGUGAAGCUCAAGACAAAGCAAAGGUUAAUGACUCCAGGCUGAAAGGUCCAUUCUCUCAGCUGACUCAGGAGGAACUGAUCUCUCUGGUGCUGAAACAGGAGAACCAGCUCUCAGAGAGGGACAAAAAGAUCUCAGAGCUGGAGCAGUACAUCGACAACUUACUGGUGCGGGUCAUUGAAGAGCAGCCAAGUAUCCUCAUGUCCUUGAACUCUCUGAAGAAAGCUGCCUAGGUGGAGUCACAGCUGACACUUUAUUCCUGCUGUACCUGAUCAGAUCAUUUUCUGUAAAUUAGACUUUAUUCACACCAGCUUCACAUUAGAAACUUUAUUUGGAAAGACUAUGUUAAGAGAAAUGGGAUAAAGCUUUUGAUUAACAGUAUAUGGAACGGUUUAGAUGCCACGGUUGACAUGUCUGCAGAUGAAGUUAAAUGUAAAGAUGAAGAUCAAAAUAAAUAUUCUAAGAGAAAUGUUGCAGAGGCCUUUCAGUUUUAGGAUUAAAUCGCUUUCCAAUGAGUCUAGGUUUCUCAAAUAAUCAAUUCAAUGAAGCAUAUUUUUUCAUGUGAGACUCCAAAAGAACAUAUGUGAUCUGUAGUCACAGUUUUCAUGUUGCUUUCCAGAAAUACUUUUGAUAAAUUUGCAAUGCAGCUAGCAUAACAAACUUUUUAUUGUAUUUCAUGACGAACCAAAAACUGUUUUUCAGUAUGGAGAAGAGCCUUAUUUUACUGUCAAACUAUGCACUAGUUAUUAUACAGAUGGUCUUUUUGUUGUCCUGAAUGUUUACAUGACUCUGCUAACCCCCAAAAGCACUUUAAUUAGCUUACACUAUUAACAUGAUAUACACUGAAUUAUUGUACUGUACUAAGGUUACUGCUUGAACUGCUUUAAUAAAUUUGCAAAAUAAAAUAAACCCUUGAAUGACA